AAAUGUGCUCGGUUACUUCUCUGCUUUAUUUAGUGUUUUAUGUAGUGGACAGACCCUGAGCAGCCUUUAAUGGUGAUGGUUGUUCAGCAUCAGUGCAGGUUUGUGUGAUGUGCAGCGGGAGAACUGGUGAGACUGUGGCAGUCAUGUGAAGCGCGUGUGUAACAUGACUCAGAGCGUCACAAGCGGAAGGUCACGGAGCAGCAGGACGGAACGGAAGCGGGAGUAAAGAGCCGAUCCGCCAUUGUGGAAUAUGGUGAGAGAUAUUCCAGAGAGACGCUCGUCGGUUUCAGAUUGACCCGCUCAACACCGUCCGUGGCCGGAUCGCACACACGCUCUUCGACCGUGUCGCCGUCGGAAGAAGCAACCCAGAAGCAGCGGAUCGUCGUCGGGGGAGGAAGAUCGCAGCCUCGCUACGUUCGCGGAGAGAAGCCGAGAGACGAGCCCGCAGAGAGGCAGGGGGGAAGCCGCGGUCAGUGUCACACACAGCGGAUCAGUUCCUGGAGGAUGUCUGCGACCACCGUCGAUCAGAGACCCAAAGGACAAGGAAAUAAAGUGCAAAACGGAUCAAUGCAUCAAAAGGAAAGUGUGAAUGAUGAUGAUUUUGAGCCUUACUUAAGCGGCCAGACAAAUCAGAAUAACAGCUAUCCACCAAUGUCUGACCCCUACAUGCCCAGCUACUAUGCUCCAUCCAUUGGUUUCCCUUACUCUCUGGGAGAGGCUGCUUGGUCCACAGCAGGAGACCCUCCCAUGCCCUACCUAACUACCUAUGGACAGAUGAGCAAUGGUGAGCCGCACUUCAUCCCUGACGGCGUCUUCAGCCAGCCUGGCGCCCUGGGGAAUACGCCUCCCUUCCUCGGCCAGCACGGCUUCAACUUCUUCCCUGGUAAUGCAGACUUUUCCACCUGGGGUACCAGUGUCUCUCAGGGACAGUCCACACAGAGCUCAGUGUACAGCAACAGCUAUGGGUAUGCCCCCAGCUCACUGGGCCGAGCCAUAACGGACGGACAAGCUGGCUUUGGAAGCGACACCCAGCUCAGUAAGGUGCCAGUAAUGAACAGCAUUGAGCAGGGUAUGACAGGGUUAAAACUGGGUACAGACAUGGUGGCAGCUGUCACCAAAACCGUGGGCUCUCCCUUAGGAGGCACAGCAGGUAUGACCAGCAUGGCAGCCAAUAACCUCCCUCCGUCUGUCAGCUCGUCAGUGCCUAAACCAGCCUCCUGGGCAGCCAUUGCCAAGAAGCCGGCCAAGCCACAGCCCAAGGUUAAACCCAAAGUCAACAUGGGGAUGGGGGGAAUUGCCACCAUUCCCCCACCCCCCAUAAAGCACAAUAUGAACAUUGGUACAUGGGACGAUAAGGGCUCUCUGAAUAAGCCCCCAUUAGCUCAGACUAUGAUGCCCCCACAGCCUCUAGUGCAGCAACCUCUCUUAGCUCAGCCCCAGCCCUUACUGCAGAGCCCUCUGCCCCCUCAGCAUCAACACCAGCCCCAGCACCAACACCAACACCAACACCAACACCAACACCAGCCCUUCCAGCUCCAGUCUCUCCAGUCCCCCCAGCAUCCCCAGCCUCUGCCCCCUGGCCCUCCGCACCUGCACCUUUCCUCUCAGCAUGGCCCCCCACAGCCCCUUCAUCAGCAACAACCCCAGCAGCCCGGCCCGCCUCCUAACCGUUGGGUGGCUCCCAGGAACCGGGGUGAGGGCUUCGGUUUUGGUGGGGGAGUCCCCCUCAGUGCCUCCCCUUGCUCGGGAGAAGUGCACCCUGUGCUGGAGAAACUCCGUGCCCUCAACAACUACAACUCCAAAGACUUUGACUGGAACUUGAAAAACGGACGUGUUUUCAUAAUCAAGAGCUACUCAGAAGAUGACAUCCACCGCUCAAUCAAGUACUCUAUCUGGUGCAGUACAGAACAUGGCAACAAGCGCCUGGACGGUGCCUACCGCUCACUGGGCAACAAGGGGCCCCUGUACCUGUUGUUCAGUGUCAACGGCAGUGGGCACUUCUGUGGUGUGGCCGAGAUGCGCUCACCGGUGGACUACAAUGCCUAUGCGGGUGUCUGGUCUCAGGACAAGUGGAAGGGCAAGUUUGAGGUGAAGUGGGUUUUCAUCAAAGAUGUGCCCAACAACCAGCUGCGACACAUCCGGCUGGAGAACAAUGACAACAAGCCAGUGACCAACUCCAGGGACACUCAGGAAGUGCCCCUGGAGAAGGCCAAACAAGUGCUUAAAAUUAUCGCCACUUACAAGCAUACCACCUCAAUCUUUGAUGACUUUGCACAUUAUGAGAAACGUCAGGAAGAGGAGGAGGCUCUGAGGAAGGAGCGUAAUAGAAAUAAACAGUAACCUUCAAGCAAGCUCUCUGCUAGAACUGCAACACUAAUGAUGUAGGACCUUAAAUAAAAAUUUGCCUAACCAGGAGGGGGAGGAGGAGAGGCUCUCGCAGUCUUUUCCGCUGAAGACGACAACGUAUCGGAACACUUGAACAUGACAAUAGCUGGACUCAUCUGUAUCCGUUGACUGGUGCAUCAAACCCCGUGUUCCCGUCUCACGAGAAGAAAAGAACCCACUCUAAGAACUCUUGUCUUUUAAGCACUUUCAGUCCUUCUAAACAGCCUCUACCAACAUCCUUAACUCUCUAACUCUGUUCUUCUUUGAUUUUCUUUGUGAGCAACUAACUGACUAACCCAGAGUAGUCACAAGAUUUCACCGGGCUUAAUUGUCUUUUUUUCUUUUCUUUUUUUAAAUGCCUCAAAUGUUUGGGAUGUUGGUGAGCUCCAUUAGCUCCUGGAGAGAGUUAAAGAUAAAAUGUAUAAAUUAAUCUCGUACUUGAAUCUGUGUGUAGCCGUCUGAUCGUCCUCCGACAGAGGCUGUGGAUGAUUGACGGGUGGGAGGAAAUAAUUGGGAAACGGCCACAGUCAUGCCAAUCAUAGGAUGAAUCCUCUCUCACCCUGCUCCCUUCCUUUCUGCAUCUGUUUCUGUGUACUAAAAGAUUACAGUUCCGCAGCAGGUCGACACACGUCGGCCAGUGCACAUCUUUGUUUUUUUUCCUCUCUCUUUCUCUCUCUCUUGUGAUUCUGUCAUUCUGAAGUGCAUUUGUCUGAGGAGAAACCUGCUGCCCUGAUAGAACCAGCCGUGGGUGACUGUCUCUGCUCUGAUGUCGAUGUACGCCACCGUACCUCCGACUCAAUCAGACUCUCUGUCCUCCGCAACUCUUAGCACUUUUGGGAGAACUCCCGCAGCACCCCCACCCCCUCCUGCUCGGCUCCUCCGGGACUCCCCCCAAAACGGCAAGACAUCAACUGCAAGGAUGUGACAGUUUUCUCCUCUAGGUAACUCACUAGCUAAAUAAAAAUUACCCAUGUUUAGCGCAAA